AUGCAUCUCUCUUCUCAUACCUGGAUGCGGCCCGAGCCUCUUGAGCAGACCCUUCAGAGGCUCGUCCGCCUCGGUUACACCAGCAUUGAAUUGGCCGGCGAGCCCGAUCAAUUUCCCAUCGGACCAACCCACGAUCUUCUUCAAAAAUACAAUAUCAAGUGCUGGGGAACCGUGACAGUCAUGCACGGCAAGCGAAACCUCCUCGCCUCUGAUCCUCAACAACGCCGAGAUACCAUCGAGUACAUGAAGCAAGUCGUCAACAUGUCCGCUGAGCUCGGCGGCCAGAUCACCACCGUCGUCCCUGGCACCGUCGGCACUAUUAUCCCUUCUUCUACGCCGGAGAAUGAAUGGAAGUGGGCUGUAGAGGCCCUCCGUGAAGUUGCUGCUUUUGCGCAGGAAAAGAGUAUCAAGAUUGGUCUUGAACCGUUGAAUAGGUUUGAGACUUACUUCCUCAAUCGCUCAAACCAAGCUCUUGCUCUCGCCGAUGAGGUUGGAUACGGCGUCGGUAUCGCCUUUGAUCCAUUCCACCUUGCACUUGAGGAGAAGGAUCUUAUUACAGCUAUCCACGCAUGCAAAUCGCGUAUCGUUGAUUUUCACGUAGGCGAUAAUAACCGACUCGCACCGGGAGAUGGAUCUUUCGACUGGCCCAAGAUUAUGAAAGCUCUCGCUGAAGUUGGCUACGAUGGUGGGCUGGCCGUUGAGUUUAUGCCAGCUAUUGAUCGAACGCCCGUUGGGGAUUAUGGCAAGGCUCAGUUGGAGACAGGAGAGGUGGAUGUUACGCCUGACCAGCUGCAGUUCAUUAUCGAUCACGGGUCGGGUUUGCUGUCUGAGACUUAUUAUACGGAGCUUUUGAAGAGAUCUGCUGAGACGUUGGCACCAUAUGUUGAGAAAUAG